AUGGCUUUCGGCUUCUCAAACCAAGGAAACGCCAUGCUCGGGAGCACGGCCGGAGGCGGAGGACUGAAUCAAGGCCCCGAGCUGGAGGUGAUCCAGACCGAGGCGCUUGGUUUCAAAUCGAUUGCGGGAGACGCGAAGCUCCGCCUCACGUCCGCAUGGUCCCCAGCCCCCGCCGACACGGCCUCCCUCCUCAGCAUCGCCCCCCGCCGGGGACUCGUCGCCGCCGCCGGCCCCGAUGGCAUCGCGAUCGCCUCGACCGAAUCCGUGCGCAAGGGCUUCGAGGCCGAGAACAAGGAGAGCGAUGCCUCCGACGUCCGCGCCUUCCAGCCCCAGGUCAAGCUGCCCAUGCCCAUGAGGGUGUCGCAGCUGGCUUUCAGCGCCGACGAGAACUACCUGAUACUCUCCGCCGAGAGCGGUGGCGGCCUGGCUGUCUAUGAGACGCAGAGCCUGCUCAACGGCGGCACGCAAGCUGCGUUCGAGAUUGCGACGAACGGCGAGACGCUGAGGGCGCUCGUACCGAAUCCCACCAUCGAGAAGGCCGAACUGGUUGCCAUUGUGACGAAUAACGGGAACCUCCACAUCGCGAACCUGAACGAGAGAAAUAUUAGCCAGGCCUUGAAGACGCAGGUCAGCUGUUUGAGCUGGAGUACCAAGGGGAAGCAGCUGGUCGCGGGCUUGGCGGAUGGUAGCAUCUCACAGAUGACCCCUGAGGGCGAAGAGAAGGGUCAAAUCCCGCGGCCACCAAGCGUGAACAACGCCCACGUAUCUUCUCUGAGCUGGUUGGAGAACCAUCUCUUCCUCGCCAUUCACACAUCAACGUCUGAAACUCCCCCAACAUCAGUAUACCACAUGAUCACCAGAAAGCUCCCAUCCGAUUUCACCUUCCAAAAGGUUGCAGACCCCGUUGACCCAUUCGGCGCAGAGAAAACGCCUCACCACUCAAUAUUGCGACUGAAGGACUUCCCUCCCAACCUUACGGAUCUGCUGAUCGUCGCAUCCACGGCAUCCCCUGAUAUCGGCCUCCUUAGCCGAUCCAAGAAAGCCCUGGCCGCUGACAAGCCAGCAGAGACUAUUGAAAAUGUCUUCACAACUACCGAAUUGCUUGACGACUCUAAGCGUGCGUCUCUACCUAUGACUGAGGACUUCGAGAACACAAUACCAAUCGGCGUGGCUCUCGAUCUGUCGAGCAAGGACAAGGUGUACAAGCCACUGCCCGCAGACGAGGAGAUUGAGGAUUCGCCUGGCCCAGUACCAGGCUUCUGGGUUCUCAACCAUGAGGGUGUUUUGAGCUCCUGGUGGGUAAUCUACGAAGACUCCAUCAGAGGAGGCACCACGUACCCCGGUAUGGCUGUUCUUGAUACAUCUACUCCCGCACCUGCGCCCGCACCUGCACCCGCACCAUCAACGCCGGCGGCAACUCCGGCUGCUGCCUCACCUUUCGGGGGAUCUUCGAAACCAGCGCCGUUCGGCUCUGCUCAGACCUCUUCACCAGCCUUUGGCGCCCCAUCUGCUUUGGGCGGAAGUGCCCCCCAAAACCCCUUUAGUUCUGGCUCCGGCGGCUCUACCGCGUUUGGUGGCACAUCUGCUCUGGGUGCUAAAAGCUCGCCGUGGGGCACCUCAAAUACCAGCAACUCUGCAGCCGCGGCACCAUCUUCUGGUUCGACGUUUGGAAGCAAUGCCUUUGGCAACAACACCUCUGCUUCGUCGCCUUUUGCACAAACUUCCGCCCCGAAGUCUACUUUUGGAAGCGGUGGUGCAUUUGGAAGUGGCAGCGCUCUGGGCAGCACCCCUGCUGCUUCUUCUGGCCCGGCCUUCGGACAAGCUUCGUCUAUCGGUUUCGGCCAGUCUUCCUCGCUCGGUGGAGCCAAGUCUCCUUGGGCGACGGCCACGUCCGGCUCAGGAACUACGGGAUCGGCGUUCGGCCAAGCCAGCACCCUCGGCUCUGCUGGUAAGGGUGCAUUCGGUAGCGGGACAACUCAAAGCUCUGCGACUGGGUCUUCGUCUGGGGGUUUUGCCAGCUUCGCGAGCUCUGGCGGUUUUGCUUCGCUCGGCAAGACUUCCAAUGAGGGCGGCAGUGUAUUCGGAAGCAAACCCGCCUCGUCAAGUCCCUUCGGUUCGGGUGCUUCGCCGUUCUCAACAAACAAGGAUACCGCAUUCCCGCCCCCAAGUCAAAAGCCCGCAAGCAGCGGAGGGGUCAACCCGUUUGCUGGUCAGCCAUUCAAGUUGGAAAGUAGCUUCAAGCCAGACCCUUCGGCAAGGGACGACGACGUUGACGUUGAUGAAAAGCCUGCCAGCGGUGGUGGCUCAUUCUUCGGCGGGGGCUUCGGCUCUGCACUUGGAGAUGCCGCCAAGCAGACAACGCCAACCAAGGAACAAAGCAUGGACACAAGCGAAGAGACGCCCAAACCCAAAUCUGUUUUCGAUCUGCCAUCCACGACUCCGAAAGAAACCCCGGCGCCCAGCAAAGGGCUGUUUGGCUUCGGGACUGCACCGCAAAACGGUCGGAGUCUAUUCUCUAAACCCUCGCCGAAGUCCUCAACGUCAGGCUUCUCGGGCUUCAAGCUGGAGCCCCAGGAGAAGAAUGUCAACGAUGUUCCCCUGCCUCCUGACUCAACAAGCAGGGUAGAAUACCCCCUUGGAGAAUCGUCGUCGUCCUCAGGCGGGGCAAGUAAGGCUUCCCCGAAACCUGCCGAGGCGCCGCUGCCUCCAGACUUCAUGUCGACCCCGAAGGCCACUCAACCGAAGCCUACCAGUGCCCCCCUCCCUCCGGAUUUCCUCAAGCCCUCCAAGCCUAAGGAGGGAAGCGCACCUGUGGCGGAUGACGCUCCGCUGCCUCCUGAUUUCCUCACUACUCCUAAGCCCAACAACUCGGCAGUAUCAACAACACCACCCACCGCGCUUCCCUUGCCCGCCGAGGAGAAGCCGAAGCAAACGGCGCCGGCAGCGCUUCCUGACUUCCCCAAGAUGCCUAAGCAGUCUCUGACACAAGCAACUUGGUCUUCUACUCCAGUCAGUGAAACACCUGCGAAGGAGCCGGAAGCCGCACCGCUGCCGCCAGACUUCCUCACCAAGCCCAAAACGCCCCUCUUCCCCGCUAUUCCCACUGUUCCGGAUAGUGAGCAGGACAGUGACUCUGAGGAGGAUGAGGAAGAGGAUGGUGGCUCUGAGGGCAGCGGUGUCGAUGUUGCCAAAGACUUGAGCCCGUCUAUCGUGGCCAUGACGCCCAAUGCCGGGUUGACUCCUCAAAGCUCAUUCGGUGGCGUUAGCAGUAGCACCUACUCUAUCCCGCGCACAGAAGAGGAGAGGCCACGUCACUCGCUCUUUGGCAACAACGUACCAGCACUUCCCCGACCUUCGCAAACCAGCCCGCGGUCUCCCAGCCCAGUUAGGGCUGCAAUUCCAGGACGCCUUCGUCAAGAAUCAAGCCGUUCGGUUAGCGCCCCCGGCUUCGGCUCGAUUUUGGGUGCGCAGAAGAAACAACCUUCCAACGUGGGCAUGUCCAUCAUCGGCUCCAAGUCUGGAGAAGACCCCUUCAUCCAGCAGCAAAGAAUUGCUCGCCAGAGGCGACAGGCCGAGGAAACGAGAACGCUUGAGGAUGAGGAAGAUGACGAGAUCCAGAAGAUUCUUAGUUCUAAGAUCGAACCCAGUCUCAAGCUGGAUGACUUCAUUGCGCACUCGAACGUGGUGCCAUCGGCGAAGGAGACCAUUCCUGCGCAGGUGGAAGCCGUCUACCGCGAUAUCAACUCCAUGAUCGACACUCUCGGUCUGAACGCCCGGUCACUGGCCAGCUUCAUCAUUGGACACGACGUUGGCUUCAAGGACGGCGGCCGUCGCAAGGAGGACCUCGAGAACCCCGAAAGCUGGGUCCUCUCGGAGAUCGACGAGCUCGGCGAAGUUAUUGACAGAUCACUUGCCCGCGAACUGGAGUACGGCCGUGUCCAAAACGUGGAAGAGAAGUUGGAGGCCUGUAACGAGCUUGCUCGCGAAAUGUCACGUCUUCGGUCUAAGCAGGAUGACGUGAAGAAGCUUAUCAUGGUCAAGCUUGACCCCGACCAGGCCGACAUCAGCCGCUCGCUGCCUUUGAGCGCCGAACAAGCUGCUCAACAGAAUGAGCUGCGCCGAGAGUACGCCAACUUCUCCAAGCUCCUGGCCGAGGCCGAGGAGGCCUUGACCCUCCUCAAGACCAAGCUCGCCACCGUCAGCAGCGCUUCCGGCAAGGGCAACUCCAACGUGCCCACAGUUGAGGCCGUCAUGCGCACCAUCAGCAAGAUGACCAGCAUGGUUGAGAAGCGCUCGGGCGAUAUCGACGUCCUCGAGAACCAGAUGCGCAAGCUGCGCUUCUCCUCGGUUAACAGCCGCGAGGGCUCUCCGAUGGUCACACCGCAGAAGAACCGAUCGCUCAUGUUCUCCCCCGAGCGCAUGGCCACGGCCUCUCCCGGCACCCUCCGCAACUCGCUCGUGUCCUCGGUCACGUCGUACGCUGGCGCCCGCGGCACGCCUCCCCGCAAGAAGCUCUCGGGCUUCAGCAAAGACGAGAAGUCGGAGCUGAUGGCGAAGCGGGCCAGGAGGCAGGCCGUGUUGAACAAGCUUAAGGCGAAUGUCGAGAGGAACGGCGUCACCGUGUGGACUAUGGACGAUGUCGAGUAA